UUGCAAUACAACACACUGUCAUCCAUUAACGCUAUAUUGACAGCCGGCCACGUACGAUUUGUGUAAAAUAACAAAAACUUUUAAAACAAAUCAUGGAGCACAUGCAGCGCUAUUUAUCACCUGUAAACCCAGCGGUUUUUCCACAUCUCGCUACUGUGCUGUUAAUUAUCGGCACUUUCUUCACCGCCUGGUUCUUUAUAUUUGUGGUCUCGCGCAAGAACUCCAAAGAGCGUCCGCUCAUCAAGGAGUUGCUAAUCAGUUUGUGUGCCUCGAUUUUCCUAGGAUUUGGCAUUGUAUUUUUACUGCUAACUGUUGGUAUUUACGUAUGAUCAAGCAUUCCGUUUUUGUGAAUAAGAAUAAAGCAUGUGGGCGUGGAGUUUACCGAUAAAUGUAUUAACUUAGA